AUGGAUCGCACUGCUUUAAUUUUUGGCGCCACAGGUGCGGUUGGUAAACAAUUGCUACUGGAUGUCUUGAAAAAUGGAAGUUAUGCACGAGUAGUUUCGGUCGGCCGUCGUCAAGUUGAACUCGAUGACAGUGUUCCUCAAGAUAAAUUGGAGCAGAAAGUGAUUGACUUUGAAAACCUUGAAGCACACAGAGAAGCCUUUAAAAAUGUGUCUGCUGAGAAGUUUGUUAAAAUCGAUCAAACCUAUGUUUUGAACUCUGCUAAAUUGAUUGCUGAAGAGAACAAACCUGCUGGUGCCGAUUUGGCUCCUGUUCAUUUUUUGUACUGUUCCUCAACUAACGCCAACAAGAAUUCAUUCUUAUUAUACCCUAAAACGAAAGGUGAGACUGAGGCUGCUCUUGAAGAAACAGGCUUCGAGAAGGUAUCUAUCUUCCGUCCUGCCUUUUUAGAAACCGUAGAACCUCGUACACGCCCUCGCACUAUGGAAUCUAUUGCUUUCACUAUUGUCAAUCCUAUUAAUCGUUUGCUCAAUGCAGGCCUUGUAAUCAAUGUAGCUACAGUAGCCAAGGCUAUGCAUAAGGUUGCGGAAGACGCGACCAUCAAACCUACUUCUCCUGAGAAGAAUGUCAGGAAGUCCGUGAUUGGAUCAUUGGUUUCCGCUUUUUCAAAUGCGGAUAUUGAGAAUACAGUGUUUUAA